AUGAUCAGACUUCGCUGCGUCCCGCAAAACUACGAUUGGGGCCGACUUGGGCUUGAAAGUCGCGUCGGGCAGCUUCUGAAGAGCGGUGGGCACGCUGAGGCUGUCGAUUCUUCAAAACCUUAUGCAGAGCUCUGGAUGGGCGUUCACCCCAACGGGCUCUCCGUCGCUGCGGAAGAUGGCAUUUCGCUGGAGAAGCUGAUCAAAAAAGAUGGUGCGCUCGGUGAUCAUGAAGCUGGAACGCUUCAAUUCCUCUUCAAAGUGCUCUCCGUCCGUCGGGCUCUUUCGAUUCAGACCCACCCUACAAAGGACCAAGCAAACCAGCUCCACGCCAUGGACCCGAAAAACUACCCGGAUGCCAACCACAAGCCCGAGAUGGCGAUCGCUGUCACCGAUUUCGAGUUGUUAUGCGGAUUCAGGCCUAAUGAGCAAAUCUAUCGCAAUAUUCGAGCCUACCCUGAACUUCGUCAUUUGCUGGCAUGCGAGUGCUGCCACAUGGAAGACUUGCUGAAUUCGAUCGUCAAGAUGAGGGAACAAGCUUUGCGAAAGGUAACGAGAAUC